UCCAAGUCGGUCAAAGUCGGUCUCCUGAGUAAAUUGCAUCGUAUUUGGUCGUUUUGCAAUUGCAUUGACAACAACACGAAGACGUUGUGCAUUCUACGUUAACAAAGAUUUACUGUACCAAAAAAUUAAUUAGUUUAUUAUAUCACAACAGUUAAAAUGGAAUCCGGUAAAUCCGAAUCUACCCCGAAACAGGCUAUGGUAUACAUUUGUGGAGAAUGUCAUCACGAUAACGAGAUUCGUGCCAAAGAUGCAAUUCGAUGCAGAGAAUGUGGAUAUAGAAUUAUGUAUAAGAAGCGCACAAAAAGACUUGUUGUGUUUGAUGCACGAUAAGUACAGGAGCGACGAACGAUGGAAAGCAGCAUUAAUUUUCUUUACAUAUAAAUAUUUUAUAUAGAGAAGGAUUAUUUAAUUUUUAAUAAAGCAAUACGCAGUAUUUUACAGGAAAUUAACUUUAUUCCUGUCUCACAUUAUUUCCCACGCCCAAAGUUGUACUAUCGUUCCUGCAAGAUCACCAUAUGAAGACGCAUUCGCAUAUUAUCACGAAUCUCUCUUCGUACAAUUUGCAUUAGGAUCCGAUGGACAUUCCAUCUAACAGAAUUUGUUUCGUGCAUAUCGAUUCAGACUACAUAAUAUACAAAAUGCUUUAAGCAAUGUUCCUUUUAUUUACAAUAAAUAAAAAUUACAUUCUCAUCAAUAUAGUUCAACAGAAUUCACAGAAGAAGAGAAAUGACGGUGACACUGGCAAAACAAGUUGGCGUUAUUACCAUAAAUCCCGUUGUCACUUUCUCAAGUAUACGCUUAUAAAAUUUUCACUCCGGUCCCAUUGUCUGAUAUAUACAUAUAUACGAGCGUAAACGCUCGAUAUAUAGUAUGAUUUUAAUCGAGAGGUCUCACAACAAAGUUCUUCAACUAGAGAUGGUUGUCGACGCAACUGGAGCUCGCAGGAGCACACGGCAUAUUUGCGCGAGCACAAAGAGGUAUACUCUACCUGUCUCUUCUCUCUCUCUCUCUCUCUCUCUCCCAUGAAAAAACAUUUAUAAAAUCUUAAAGAUCCUAUAAUACAUAUAAAAUACUAUACCGCCAGGUGUUUGUAAGUGUCACCGUUCGCACGCUGCGCGUAUACAAAAUUUAAAUCAUCCAUAAAGAUAUGGAGCGGAGCGGAGUCUUUUUUUUCUACGGAAACACCGCAAAAAUUCGGGCGACCAGGUAGCCGACUUUUGUCUCCGUAAAAUGUAAAUCGGUGUAAAACCAUCUAGAAACUCGUACAAGCUCGACCUUUUCUUUCUAUUCCCAUUCAUUAUACCGCGAAAUCUAAUACUGAGUCUGGAAGAAGCCAAGCCAAGCCAACCGUUUUCGUGAAAAUCGUAGACGCGCGGCUGUCGACAAAAUAAAUAUGUCUCUGCUUCUUUCUUUUUUUUUAUCAGAUACGCUUGUACUUUUACUUUAGGAUAUUAGUCAGGAUAUUCGCCAUAUGGUUCUUUCCGCACUUAUCACAAUACAGACUACUUAACCGAAUGUCGUAAAUAUUGUAAAAGUAUGUCGAGUCGUCUUAACAAACAUUUACCCGAAUUAUCAGACUGUACAGUAUAUAUAUAUAAUAAUAUGCGAGGGUAAAGGAAGAUACAAUUAAAACGGAUUAAUCGCACGCUCGUGAAAAAUUGCACAUUCGAAUCUGUUCCGAAAUGGGAAGAUAAGGAUAGAAUAUUAUCGAUCGUUCAGUGCGAAAGACUGAUCGAUUUUUAUCUCAAAAUAGAAGAAACACCGACAGCACAUUUAGACAUGAAAAUUAUUGUUAAUCAUAUAUAUUGUAUCCGGUAGUCGCUCUUCCAUAAUUUAAACUGUGCGUACGUCUAACGAUCAUAAUUAGAAUUAUUCUUCUAGCUCUUUAAAUCAGACGAGCGAUGUAUGUAUAUAUCUAUGAUCAAACACAUCUCAUUAUAUUCUUCCGCUAGUUAUUUAGAAAAGUUCAUGAAUUUAUCACUCCAUCAUCGAAGCAACUCUCUCGUUUUACAACAAAAUUCGACGCAUGAAACAAAAACAACCGUUAAAAGACCGUCUCGAUUCGAAAUUACCCAAGCAGAACAAGUCACAAUAAUGUCAUCAUUUUGACGUUAAAAUAAAUUGUAAGUGAUCGAAAACAUAUCUUGGAUAAGGGUGUUGUGUAGGAUAAGUGAUUUUUAAUAAUUUUGAUGUCACUAUGACUUUAGGUUUAUUCGCGUUGCUUGAAAUCCUUA